AUGGCUUUGCAACAGCAGCAACCAGGAGUUGCGAUGAAUCAGAACGAAUGUUGCGAAGAAAAUCCCUAUGGCAUCUUCGUCGAGGAAGAUCUCAUCGAUGACUCGACCGGCAUCGUACCAACAAAGGGACUAGGCAUACCGCUUAGCCUCAAGGAUCGCUUCCUAAGGCGCCUGUCGAAGAUGCUAGGCACCGCAGCGAACAUACGAGAGCCACCUAACGUCAACGUCAUGGAUAUCUUCUUGACGAGAAAUAAACAGUCGCCUUGGCCAAACAUUGCGCUCGAUGAAGGACUACGGAAAUUUGUGCGUGAGCUCGAAGAUGGGCUGGCCGCUGUUGCGAUGCAUCCUUCUGGGCCGCCACUCGAUCGCGCAUGCUCAGAACUGUGGGACGUCAUUCUCAUCUUUAACUACAACAGAGUCGAACAAGUCAUACGAAGUAUACAAAAUAGCUUUGAAGAGAACCAGAUUACAUUCGACGAACUCGUCACGAGGAUGUUCGGCAUCGAUGACGCCGACAAUAGAGGCUCGAUGCUGGAUCGCGAACUUGGCGACAAGAUCAUCAAGCUAUCUCAUAACGUCCAUAGUUUUGAUGGCUCAAUGGGGGAAUUGAACAGACUCGUUCACUUUGCAUCAACGAUGAUAAGGGUAAUUCCCGAUCUACGGAACCGCCUCAAGUACAUUCUCGAGAAGACCCACUUCGCCAAUAAACUAUUCGACCUUAUAUGUACCCUAGGGUUUCCCGAACGUGUCUACAGCACUUUGGUUCGGGCUACUAGGUCUUCGCAAACGUUUAAGAACGUUACAUUUCAUCUGAGGCCUAACUCGCCAGCAAAGAGUGUGUCAUUCGCGACCCCGAUGGCGAGCGCUACACCACCAAAAAUGAUCAAGCCUUCUUCACCAAUUCAGAAAGAGAAGUCGAAGAGAAUGCAGCGAUACGAAGUAACAGCGAUCGAAAUGGCAAUUGCAACCCCUGCCCUUACCUCUCUUCUUCCUCAUCAUCCUCUUUCUUCUUCUCCUCCUCCUCCUCCUCCUCAGCCAGCUGUCACUAGCCUCGGUCCGCUGAUGACUGCGGUGCAGCCUUACCUAAAUCAACAAGAUCGGGAUCUCCCUCUCCAUUCCCUGCAACCCGCGACCAAACAAGAAACUGCGCAACUAAUUGGCACCAUAAUCCGAGAGAGGCUGCUAUCUAUGCAGACUGCCGCAUGGUAUUCGUUCGGUUUCGUCACCGCCAAGGAUGAAGAGCAAGAAAGACAGCUAGCAGGGCUUUACAUCGCGCUAUUGAAGGAGGCCAAAGAUCCUGAAAUUGCAUUCCGCGAAUUGCAGAUUGCCCUAGAAAUGAACUCCGUCGUGAAGCUCUUCGACAAGUACGAGUACGCUCAUUUCCGCGACCUCUUCCCCUACCUCAUGGCCUUCCUCACCACACCACCACGCGAGCGUUCCACUGUAUGGCGUCUACGACAGUUCAUUGAAGACCCCACCGAUGACGUACCGCCUGCAUGUGUUCAGCGCGACUACGGCUUCAAGUUCUGUCGUCAGCGCGAGGAAGUGCUUCGCCUCAAAGAGAUCUACGUCAGCAUACUGAAGAAGCUGGGCCCGAAGAAGCUGGAUAUCGCAUGUGUGAAUGGCCGGCUAUCUGAGACGGCGAUGAAAGAGGGAGUUCAUGUUGAUGCCAAGGACAGGCGGUUCCUGAAAAACGACUAUGGCUCGCCCUUCCUCGGACUGGACUGUGAGGGCGGCCUUGAGAAUUAUCGCGGUCCGUUCUACAGGAAGAAGACAAAGCUCUAGGUGAAGUAUGAGGAUGAGUAGGAGGGUGGCGAAAUUGGCGCGUACGGUGAGCCAGCCCUGAACAUCCGCUUGACGAGCUCUUGGAUAAGGGCGUGAAGCGAUGUCUAUGCUCCCAGCAUACCUGCGCUGAACGCCGCAUGACGCGCCCAUGCCACUCGGGCGAUAGAUCAUGACAUGGGUUUUGCGUUCCAGUUUGCUGUCUUAUACGCAGUCAUUUGUCGGAACUGAU